UUACCUUCAAUAAUAAAUUAACUACAAAAAACAUUGAACUAUUCAUAAUUUUCAUAUAUAGAAAGAUGAAAACAGUUAAAAAUACAAUAGUUUUUCUCUUCACCUCAUCGAUCGUCUUCAACAUUUUUCGCAUUCAUUUGGUAUAAAUACAAGUAUGCAUUUCCAUUCAUUAUUCACCUCUGUGUGUUGUAUGAAUAUUUUUUCUCGCAACACACACGGAGGUGCCUCAAAUGGAUUCCAAGAAUAGUACCCUUUGCGAGAGAACAGAGACAAAUCCUACGAUUUUGCUGCAAAAGAGUAUCAUUUUGCUUCUUUCUCGUUGGUAUGCCCUUCAAAUGGCUAUUGAAAAUCAAUGGGCUGGUUCUGACUCCCUUCAGAAAUCGCAACAACUUGCUGCUGAUUUAUUCUCCUUGUUCUCCAAAUCCAAAGCAUUGGUUCCUAUUGAAGAAUUAGAAAACCUACUCUAUGAAUGUAUGUUGCUUACAUUCAACACAGAGAUAGAAGAUGGCAGUAUUGAACAGGUAGCAGAACAAUUAUUUGUUAUUCAUGAAGAAUACUUGCUUCGUCAAUCAUCUUAAUGUUUGAAAGAACUACACUUUGAGAUAGAUAGAAGGUUUUUCACUUCAGAACAAACACACGACUUUGAGAAAGUGGGAAUAAUGCAGAAGAUAAAAUUUAGAAUGAAGAAAUCUUUCAAUUACAAUUCAUGCCCACAACUCAAACACAUUGCAGGUUCGAAAGGUAAAAGUCUUCAAAUGAUUCAUAUGAACGCAUGAAAAUUUCAAAAUAUUCCUAUAACAUUGAAAAUGACAAAAUCAUAAUGUCAUGAGUAAUAAUAUAACGUGGAAUGAAAUAAAAUCAACGGUGAUCAUGUCUUUCAUAUAAUAUAAAUGAAUUUCAUGAAUGAUACUAAGGAUAAAAGAAGCAGGGUAUAUUGUGAAAUAAUUAUUGACUAAAUUAGAAAUAUGUAAUUGAAGGGGAAAAGCACGUGGAUCAAUGUUGUAUUAUUGACAACUGAAGCAUUUGAGUUUGUGGCAUCAGUGCAAUUUUGGUUCUUGAAUUGUUUUGUAUUGAGGAUGUCUCUCAUAGAUUGGAUCCAAUAAUUGUAACUCUUGUACUAAAAUUAGUUGUUUUCAAUAAAAUUUUAGUAUUUGAACGUAAAAGAACUUCAAAAAUCGAUUGUUAUCCAGUUCCAAAUAGUAAACAUGUUAAUAAAUAUUCAAAAUGUCCAUCUGUGAACUCA